CAACUUUUUCCCUUUGCUGGGUUAUCCUUAAUUAUAAUGUGGGAGGUAUAAUGUUGACUGAAACUACUUAAUGGGCCGGACAGACGCUCUGUGACAUUCGAUUGAUCACUUUCAUUCUGCUUCUAUACCUAAAAUAUCAGCUGUGCGAUCACCGCAGCUCGAAAUGCCUUUUACUUACAAAACGGUCCUCAUCGUUGGAGCCACUUCUGGCAUCGGCGCUGGCUUAGCUGACAAACUCAUUUCUGAGGGCUCCAAGGUCAUUGCUGUUGGGCGCCGUCAAGACAGGCUGGAUGCUUUUGUUGAGAAACACGGUUCUGCCAAAUCCGGUGCAGUCAAAUUCGACGUGACAGAAAGCGAUGGCAUUGAUGUUUUCAUCGAGCAUGUCUUAUCACAAUAUCCGGAAUUAGACUGUGUCUUUCUGAACUCUGGUAUUCAGGGCUCAACCCGCCUAUCGCAUGCUGCCGAGUUCGAUCUCGUCAAAUUUCACCAUGAGAUCAACGUCAAUUUCACUAGCGUUGUGAACUUGAUAAUGAAAUUCCUUCCCCACCUACAGGCCAGGGAGAUUCCUACAGCCUUGAUCGUCACAGGAACACACUUGGCUCUCGUGCCAGCCACAACCAUGGCAGGAUAUUCAGCUUCGAAGGCAGCAUUAACAUCCUUUGUGGACUGUCUUCGUGAGCAGAACCGCGAGAAGCCCACCAAGAUCAUUGAGAUAUAUCCUCCGGUGGUUCAAACGGAACUGCAUGACUGGAUGGGUCAGGAGAAGGGUCGAGCUCUAGGGAUGCCACUCGACGAGUUUACUGAAAUUGUUUAUCGGGAAUUGCUGAAGGGAUUGGAGUUUAUUGUGAUCGGCUCCAUCGCAACUGAACCGCAGGAGGUCUACCAGGACAUGGUGGACAAGCGCCGAACUAUAUUCAAAAGACUUUCGGUGGCAUUGUUAUCGCGUUUUGAGCUGUAACUGAUUUAUCUUGGGUACGCCUUUUUCGUACAAGACUACUGUGGUUGUUGCCCACCGGACACCUCGCGUGCGCUAGAAUAUGAUGUGUGCAGGAACAAAAACCAAGCAGUUCACUGCAUAGCACAAAGUGAAUUGCUACACAUUAAGUGUAUGUUGUUGCACCGGUAGAACCGCUUACUAUCUCUCUGAGCCAUCGGGUGCACAAGACGCCGAUGUGAAUGCUGUAAAUACUUUCAGAGAAUGCUUUUAAUCGCUAGUUGGG